AUGGCUGGAGAAAUUGCUGAGCAAAUGCGCAACGUUCAAAAGAAAAUUAAUUCAUUGGCAAUUUGUCAGCAAGAUGCUUCAAACGAAUUAACUACGGAUUUUGGUUUUCUCAAAUUCGAUGAGAAUGAAUUGGAUUCAUCUACGCGUCUUUCAGAAUACAUUCGAUUGAGUUUGAAUACAAGUGCUGAAACAGUCGUCAAAUUUAUGAAGGAUGGAUGGGCUUUACCCAAUCCUGACUUGAUUAUAUCUGUCACUGGUGGUGCAAAAAGUUUCGAAAUGUCUGCUCGACUAAAGAAAGUAUUUCAACGUGGUUUAGUCGCUGCUGCUGUUACCACCAAGGCAUGGCUAAUUACUGCUGGUACAAAUGCAGGUGUUGUGAAAGAAGUCGGUGAGGCUCUGAAUAACUAUCGUUAUAAGAACGAAAAACACGGACUUGAUGUUCCUUGCAUCGGUAUUGGUAGUUGGGGUUAUACAGCAGGAAAUGAAUUGCUCAGUAAGCCUGCUAGUAUUUGGCCAACAUCAAUGAAUGGAUAUUCAAAGGGAUCUCAUCUACUUAUGAAAAGCAUGCGAAGUCANAGAUUAUUUGAACACAAGACGUAUUGGCAAGUUCGAACUUCAAGUGCCUGUUGCCAAGCUAGAUGA